AUGAAGACCAACAGAUUGCUUCUCCUGCUGACAGCAGUUAUCUGCAGCCAGUUGGCCCAGACGGAUGCAGUUAUACCUUCAACUCCUAUCAGCUCAGCCGAUGGGUCCACUCAAUUCUGCUUUACAGAUGGAACCAUGACUGAAUGCAUUAAUAUCUCUGGUGACAAUGAGGACACUGUGCAGACAGAGUUUGGGGUAGUCGACAGUGAUUUAGAAGGAUUAGUCAAUGCAAAACUGCCUCAGAUCGAAGGCAGUGGGACCUGCGUUUUGACUUGCGACUUGCUCUCUUCAGGCAACUUAACUCAAGUAAAGGCAAUUGAAGUCAAGGAGGUCAACUUUACCAAAACUGAUGUGGAGGAAACAAAGUACAUAGACCUCAGUGGCUGCAGGUCCCAGGGAGAGAUCCUCCUUCCUGGUUCAGAUAGACAGAGCACAUCAGGAGAUUGCACCAUUAUAUCAUGCACCAAUCAGGGUCAACUCAUCAAUGAAACAACUUGUGGAUCCACAGAGACUUGCGUUGCAAACAUAUGCGAGCCGACGUAUCGUGUGUGCACAGUGACCAGCGGCCAAGUGAUCCAGUUCUUUGGCCAAGUGUCUUCAGUUAGGGACCGCUGCCUUUACAGCCUGCUUGAGCCAGACGAUGGCAGCUUUAAACUGUUGGCAGCUUUUGAGGAUCGCCGUAGUCACAUACUCACCUUUUUGGAUCACUUGGAUUUAGUGCUAUUGAACGACACAAUUACUCUUGAAUCAAGCGGAAGAGUUCGGCUAAACGGCGAUAUACAAAAUGUUAGCACUGAGGUUAACGGAGUGCUGCUCUCCAAAGACCAGACUGGUGUCACUUUGGUUAUUUCAAACAGUGACGUUUCCAUCUUCUUUGACGGCUCCACAGCGCACGUUAAAGUACCUGGCGGGGCAGCUCUGCAAGGCUUAUGCGGUAAUGCCAAUGAUCCAGCCUCUUCUCCAACACCCGUGUCUGAUAGCCGAAGCAGUCAAGGAUGUGAAAUAAUGCCCCGAGCUGAUAACCUGACCGUCAACAGUGUGGUAGGACAACAACGCUGCUCCUUGCUUAAUUCAGCCGAGUUUGCUGCAUGCCACAACAAAGUCCCCGUCGAACCACACAUCGAUGCAUGCAAUCUCACCUUGAGUGCCUACCCUAUGGUGGACAACCUCAAAUGCCAGUUCUUCGAGGCUUAUGCCCAAGUCUGCAAGAUGCAGUAUGACAUCGACGUGGAAGACUGGAGGUCUUCCUUUGGCUGCCAGAAGGAUAAUAAUAUGGCAUAUUGUCAUAACCACGAGUGCAACGCUAAUGAGUUCUGUGGCGACUCCAAGUUUAAAAAACAUGCCUGUCUCUGCCGAGCCAUAUUCGCCUCCGAAUACAACUUGAAAAAGACUCUGGGUGACCCUCCCACAUGCCGAGAGGGUGCAGGAACGGUCUCCUUGAUUGGCUGCCUGCUGGAAGAGAAAGGCAUCGACUACAAGUUGUUGCACCUCAACAAUGAGACCUGCAAAGGCGAAAGGGACAGUGACACUCAUUUGGUGACCUUUACGUUCGACUCACUCGACAAUUGUGGGACAGAAACAGAGGGGAACAACACUUUACGCAACAGCAUUAUGACUGGUAAUAAUAAUAGAAAUAGACUCAUCACUCGCAGCAACGUACAUUUGGACAUCACAUGCAAAUACAAUAAACCAGAAGUCAAAACACUGCUCCUUCAAGUAAAAGCCACAUCCGUGGCCCGUCAAUUGCUAUCAAAGACCAUGAACUACAGUCUGGUCAUGCAGGCGUACACGGACAGCGAUCGUCAAUUGCCGAUACAGCCAAACGCACAAUUAGAUCUGAAUCAGCUGAUUUGGAUCGAGCUGAGCUUAGAUGAGAUGACUGAGGAUGAGUUGAAAUUAGUGACUGAAACUUGCUGGGUGACGGAACAACCAGCACCCAAUGACACUACUAGAUAUGACCUCAUCAUUGAUGGCUGCCCGAACCCUGAAGAUGGCACGGUGGAGACACACAACAACGGAUUGGGGAAAUCAAACUACUUCUCAUUUCAAAUGUUCCAGUUUUUGAAUAGCACAAGCUUCUACCUGCACUGCGAUGUGGAUCUUUGUUAUAAGUCGCAGUGUGAGCCUACCUGCAAUGGCAAUCCAAACAGAAGACGUAGAGCACUCAAGAAGAAGAAAUUUGGAGAUUUACAAGAGGGCUUAAUCUCAUUGGAGUGGCUGAAUUAGGGUAUCUGCUCAAGGACGGCUUUCAUCCGUCACAUUCUCCUUAUAUUUGUCAGAUGUGAAGAGAAGAAACUGUGUCUGAGAGUAGAGAAAUAAAACCUGGUUUUGUGUUCUCUGGUAAGUUUUGGUCUAACCCUUUAAGUUAAAGAUGGGUUGAUGGCCAGUAAUUGAUGACUACAGUUUCACAAAUGAAUUAAGUGUGGUUCUGGUGA